AGUCUUGUACAAUCAGGCCAGGAACACACUGAACAGCGUAAUCAGAGUGGCUAAAAGAAGAUACUCUGAGAAGAUGAAAAACAAGUUUUCAGCUAACGACCCUGCAUCAGUGUGGAGUGGCAUGAAGCAACUCACAAAUUACAGGACUCCUACCCCCAACCCUGUAGGGAACCAACAACUGGCUGACGACCUGAAUGUGUUCUACUGCAGAUUUGAAAGGCCCAAUCUCACACCCCACACCCACUCUGACCUUCACUUCACACAAACACCAACACCUCCUGCAACCCCCCUCCUACCCCCUCCUGCUACUCAACCUGCACUUAAGAUCUGUGAAGAUGAUGUGAGCCGCGUCUUUCGGAAACAAAAGACGAGGAAGGCUUCAGGCCCAGAUGGCGUCUCACCAGCGUGUCUUCGAUCCUGUGCUAACCAGCUGACCCCCAUCUUCACACAGAUCUUCAAUAGAUCACUGGAGCAGUGUGAAGUCCCAUGUUGCUUCAAAUGCUCAAUCAUUAUUCCUGUCCCAAAGAAACCAAAAAUCACAGGACUUAAUGACUACAGACCUGUCGCCCUUACGUCUGUGGUCAUGAAUUCAUUUGAGAGACUGGUGUUGGCCCACCUGAAGAACAUCACUGGACCCUUUCUAGAUCCCCUUCAAUUUGCUUAUCGAGCAAACAGGUCUGAGGAUGAUGCAGUAAACAUAUGAUUGCAUCAUAUCCUGAAACAUCUGGACAGACCAGGGACAUAUGCAAGGAUCCUUUUUGUGGACUUCAGUUCGGCUUUCAACACCAUCAUCCCAGCUGUUCUCCAGAAUAAAUUACACCAACUCUCUGUUCCCAUGUCUAUCUGUCAGUGGAUUACCAGCUUUCUGACAGACAGGCAGCAGCUUGUGAGACAGGGGAAACUCACUUCUAGCACCUGUACAAUCAGCACUGGUGCCCCCCAGGGAUGUGUGCUCUCCCCACUACUCUUCUCCCUCUACACCAAUGACUGCAUCGCCAAGGACCCCUCUGUCAAGCACCUGAAGUUUGCAGACGACACCACUGUCAUCGGCCUCAUCCGAGAUGAU